ACUUUCUCCAGGAGGGAUUUUGUGGCUCAGCAAGUCAUUGUUGGGAUGAAGCUUUAUGGCUUUGGGGUCCUGGUAGCCAUCCUCCUCUCUGAACAGCAUGGCCUCGCCUUUCAGAGUGGCCAGGUUCUGUCUGCUCUUCCUAGAACCUCGAGACAAGUUCAAGUUCUUCAGAAUCUGACUACAUCCUAUGAGGUCGCUCUCUGGCAGCCAGUGACGGCUGAACUCAUUACGAAGAAAAAGGAAGUGCACUUUUUUGUCAAUGUGACUGAUGUCGACAGCGUGAAAGCCCACUUAAAUGUGAGCAGGAUUCCAUUUAGUGUCCUGGUGAACGAUGUGGAGGAUCUAAUUCGACAGCAGACUUCCAAUGACACGUUCAGCCCCCGGGCCUCCUCAUCCUACUAUGAACAGUAUCACUCACUAAAUGAAAUUUAUUCCUGGAUAGAGGUUAUAACUGAACGCCAUCCCAACAUGCUCCAGAAAUUCUACAUCGGGUCGUCAUAUGAGAAGCGCCCACUUUACGUUUUAAAGGUUUCAGGAAAGGAAAAAACAGCCAAAAAUGCCAUAUGGAUCGACUGUGGAAUCCAUGCCAGAGAGUGGAUCUCUCCUGCUUUCUGCUUGUGGUUCGUUGGCUACGUCACUCAGUUCUACGGGAAAGAAAAGCUGUAUACCAAUCUCCUGAGGCAUGUGGAUUUCUACAUCAUGCCGGUGAUAAACCCAGAUGGCUAUGACUACACAUGGAAAAAGAACCGAAUGUGGAGAAAGAACCGUUCUAUCCACAAGAACAACCCCUGCGUGGGCACAGACCUGAACAGGAACUUCGCUUCCCGACACUGGUGUGAGGAAGGUGCAUCAAGUUUCUCCUGCUCUGAAACUUACUGUGGACUUUAUCCAGAGUCUGAGCCAGAAGUGAAGGCAGUGGCUGACUUUCUGAGAAGAAACAUCAACCACAUUAAGGCUUACAUCAGUAUGCAUUCAUAUGCCCAACAAAUAGUGUUUCCCUAUUCCUAUAACAGAAGCAAAAGCAAGGACCAUGAGGAACUGUCACUAGUGGCCAGUGAAGCGGUUCGUGCGAUUGAAAAUAUUAAUAAAAACAUCAGGUAUACACACGGCAGUGGCUCGGAAAGUUUAUACCUAGCUCCUGGAGGUUCCGAUGAUUGGAUCUAUGAUUUGGGCAUCAAAUAUUCAUUUACGAUUGAACUUCGAGAUAAAGGCAGAUACGGAUUCUUGCUACCGGAGAGAUACAUCAAACCCACUUGUGCAGAAGCUCUGGCCGCAGUCUCUAAAAUAGCUUGGCAUGUCAUCAGGAACGCUUAAUGCCCUUGCCUAUGCUCCCGUUAUUUUUAUUUUACUGAUUUCAGCAACACUAAAUUGUUGCUUCUAAUUUUCAUGAGUUUCCUUGGUUUUGUUCAAGAAUAAAAUGCACAAUGUUUUGAGCUCAACAGUGA